GCUCUGAUUUGUUCGCCAGGGGGCCAGAGGAGGCGCGCAAAAUGGCCGCGCUCUGAAGUAGAGUUGUGAAGCAAGCUCUCUGGUACAAAGUGCCUUUCAGCAUGAGUUCCGAAAACCAGGAAACUCCAGCUGAUGGUGCUACGCCCUCCCAGUUUCUAGGCGCUUACAAAGAUUCCAAUGACUAUGCUGAACAAGUGCUUCGUGCUGUGCUGCAAGCGACAAAGGCCGGCAACGAAAUGCCGAGCCCGGGCGAGGAUUACGAGUAUUACAGCAGCUUUGCGAGCUUCCGUCAGGUGAUGCUGUCUGAAGGGAAAGACAUCCUGAAGCUGAUGUCAUCGCUAGCGAGUCAGCAAAGUGGAAAAGGCAGAUUUGAAGGCUUGGAUUUGGAAGAAAAGUUUGACCUCCUCACGGACGUCAACGACAUGGUCCUGGAACGAGUGGGAAAUCACCUCGAUGAGGCGGACGGUAUCAAGAAGAAGCCAGAGGAUGUAGUGGUCAUGACCGUCAGUACAAACAGACCCAUCCAUACCAGCUGGAAUAAGAAGCUUUCCAAAGAUGCCAAGUCCUCCCAGUUCCACCUGAUGGCCGCUCGCAAUGUGGUACGGCCUCAGCUGACCUUCCGGGAUAAAGUGGACAACGGCCAUUCGCCUUUCGUGCCCAUUAUUCGCUACAAGCCGCACUCAAUACGACCCUUGGCUGUACUCUUGGAGAAUGACGCCGGCGUGGAAAGCUACUGUCACCCUUACGAGUGCGAGAUCGAGCACUUCGAGGCCACAGAGGAACAGCUGAAAGUGGAGGAGCAGAUGGUGCCAUUACCCCUGGAGGAGACGCCCUAUGUUUUUGUGGAAACGUUGGAACAGCUGCAGCAUAUGUGCACCGACCUGGGCAAGCAGACGGAGAUUGCCGUCGAUUUGGAGCACCAUUCUUACAGGACCUUCCAGGGCUUCACCUGCCUGAUGCAGAUCUCGACCCGCAGCUCAGACUAUGUGGUGGACACCCUCGCCCUGCGUCAUGAGUUGCAUCUGCUCAACGAAGUCUUUGCCAACCCCAAGAUCAUCAAGGUGCUGCACGGGGCGGACAUGGACGUGCUGUGGCUGCAGCGCGACUUUGGCCUGUACCUGGUGGGGCUGUUCGACACAGGCCAAGCGGCCAGGGUACUGGGCAUGGCACACCUGUCCCUCGCCUUCCUGCUGCGCCACUACUGCCACCUUGACACCGACAAAAAGUUCCAGCUGGCUGACUGGCGCAUACGGCCCCUGCCCCUGGAGAUGAUCAAGUAUGCGAGGGAGGAUACCCACUACUUGCUGCACGUCUACGACCUGAUGAGGCGGGACCUGCUGGCCAAGGGAAACCAGCUCAACAACCUGCUCCACUCCGUGUUCCAGCGCAGCAAGCAGGUCUGCCUCAAGCGGUAUGAAAAGCCACUGUACACGGAGGACAGCUACCUGGAGCUGUACCGCAAGAGCAAGAAGGCCUUCAACAGCAAGCAGCUGUACGCCCUGCGGCACCUGUACUCGUGGAGGGACCGCAUAUCGCGCCUGGAGGAUGAGAGCACGGGGUAUGUGCUGCCAAACCACAUGAUUCUGCAGAUUUCGGAGAUCCUGCCGAGGGAGCAGCAAGGCAUCAUAGCGUGCUGUAACCCAUGCCCCCCUCUGGUUAGACAGAACCUGAAUGAACUUCAUUCUAUCAUUCUCAAGGCCAGGGACACUCCACUCAACCAGAAGAAUGAAGCUUUGGACGUGCCUUUCGAGCCCACCCAAACGGACAUUGACCUGGACAGUGUCUUGCACGGCAUCCACGAUCGGCUCCAUCACCAGGACGCUGCCCUCUCCUUGCCCACGCUGCUGGACGAGACGGGAAAGCUUAGCGAGGAUGCACUACUCAAGCCAGCUGAACAUGUUUCUUGGAAAACAGCGCCAAUACUUACUGCCUUUUUGAAUGACAGAAAGGCUUCGAAGAGGCCAACCAGCAUCCCAAGUGGAAGAUCAGAGACAAGCUUGGUUCUUCCAUAUGAGCGGUAUAAGGCCGCUUUGAAGGAAGGAGGUGUCCAAGAGUCCGCCCCAGAGGGUCAGGGAAAAGCAGUCACUGACGAGGAAAGGCUGGUCAGGCUUCAGGAGAAUGUGAAUGCCGAGAUGGCCAACUCAGCUGAGCCCACUUCCCAAGCUGCAGCCAACGACGACGAAGUUGUUAAGCCUCAGGCCUCCUUUGAGGACACGGAACUGGCAACGCCCCUCAGGCCUCCGAAGCCGUCCCGGCGGAAGCGCAAGAAGGCGGCGACCGCCCCAGACGUAGGUCUGCAGCCGACGGAGGCCGAGCAUGCCGCCAAAAGACUCAAGGGUCCAAAGGCCCCUGCAAAGGCCCCUGCAAAGGCCCCUGCAGGGGCCCCUGCAGAAGCCCCUGCAGAGGUCGAAGAGGCUGACGGAGAAGAAGCGGCGGAAGGCGGCAGCCAACAAGACUUCCAACCAUUCGACUAUGCCAGCGCCAAACAGAAGCCCCAGCCUCAAAAGAAGCAGGGAAAGAAGUGGACCUUCAACCCGGACCAACACGAGGAAAUGAAGGGUGGAAAAAAGAAAGGAAAGAAGCAGCAGUUCAAGAGCCAGACCUUCGGUGGAAGGGGAGGAGCAUCCAGAGGUCAAGGCGGCAAGCGGCCCAAGCGAUAAAGCACUUGUUUAAUAAUAAAGACCGUGCCAAGCGACGA